UAGUUUCAGGGAAACCUAAAAUAGCAUUGAUUGUAUCGAUAGAUGUCAGUCAAGAAAAAAUCAUUAUAAGUGAGGUUAACAUAUUAAUGAUGGCACAAGUAGCCGAAGUUUGACAUUUAUUUACGUCUAAAUUUAUAUAUUAAAAAUUAAAAAACAAGAUUAAAAAAUGCCUGAGCGGGACUAUCCAAAAUUUAAAUAGCAACAUGUCUAAUUUUAGAGCUGGAAAAGUCUAAUAAUCAAAAGAAAGAACUCUUCUUAAUCAUCAUUAAUUAAAAUGUAUCCAUUACGAUGUGUGAUUAAUCGAUUUAUAGAAAAUCUUCAAAUCGAUAAAGUAAACCGAUGAAGUUUUAUUUAUAAAAGUAAAGUAUUUAUGGUACAACGAAAAGAUGAAAUAGUUGAUAAAAAUUUCAUCGCAAGCAAUGAUAAGUCUGAGUGAAUAAUAAAAAGUAAUAAUAUGAAGAUCUAAUUUACUACCAAAGCGUAAUUUACCACGCGAAAGAUGUAUUUCUUAAUACUGAUCCACUUUGGGUGGUUGAACAUCUUCAUCAGCGCCAGUACUCUCGUCAAACCAAUAGAUUUAACUGAAUCCAUCCAAAUAGCAAAAUGUUGUGAUGUGGAUGAAAUUAUUCUUGAUGAUAAGUGCGCAUUAUUAACCGAAACCAAUGAGACAAAGAUUUGGAGGCCUGAUUUUAUAGACGAUAACUUUCCAGUCAAUAAAAAACAGCAGCCCAAUUUUCAUUUUAAAAUUGGGUUACCACAUUGUCGCAGUACUGAACAUCAAUGGCAUGUUUACUAUAAUCCGCGUAGUCAAUAUCAAGAUCUUCUUGCGAUUUUACCAUCAGGAAAUCUCCGGCACAUUUUGCACGAUCGCUGGAGUACUUCGCAAAAUCAAAAACCAGGUUCUCAUAGUUUAGUAGAUGACGACAGUAUCACCGUAGAGUCCCUUCAUUUUGAUUACGCAUUCGGGCACUACUGCGCAGACAAGGCUGUUCUCAGCGAAAAUGCUCUCGUUACAACCUACGCGAUGAUUUGUGUCCCUGCAGUUGCUUGGACAGAUUCUAAUUAUCUAAUUAAACAUGUAGUGGAUCCAAUAACUCGUGCGUUUGCGAUAGCAUGUUACUUGUUCGUAGCUAUUGUGUACUUUGUAUUACCGCAGUUACGAGAUCUUGUUGGUAAUAUGAUUACAAGUAUGACAAUGUGCCUUGCAGUGAAUCAAAUCGCAGUAACUGUUAGGAUAUUAACAGAAUAUGGCAGCCAUGUUAGUUUCCUUAUUGCUGAUUCAGUGGCUUACAUUUCAUUGCUAUCGGCAUUUUUUUGGCUUAAUUCUCUUGGUUACUUUGUUUGGAACACAUUCAGAUCGCGUAAUAUAUUUUUGCGUGUUUCUGAUGGCCAGAAAUACUGCUAUUAUUCCAUGUAUGUUUGGGGAUCUACUGUGACCAUAGCUGGGACCGCAAUUUUCGCGCAUUUCACUUUAGAGACAAACAAAGUGAUUGUUGAAGAUGAACUUCAUCAUGGACAGGAAACCGUUGGAUGGUUGGGAAUGUCUGUCCUGUUUACUUCUGUUGCAUUUACAAUAAUUGUCAAUAUCUGUUUUACUUUGAUGACAGUUAACACGAUAAAACAAAACGGUACUUAUGGAAGAAUCCAACACAAAAUAAAAUAUAGUUUUAGAAUGUUUACGUUACUAUUUGGAAUUUUGAGCUUGGGCUGGCUGUCUCUUCUGGUUUCGCAGUUAAAAUAUGAUAAUUUAAUUUACUGCCAUAUAGCUGUCAAUUUCAUACAAGCAUUUGCCGUAGUAUAUAUAUGUGUUUUUGGACAAAAAAGAGUAUUGUUUCUAUUGAGUAAAACGUGCAAUUGUUGUAUCAGCGAACAAAAUACUUCUGAUGAAUUCGAUUGGGGUGAAGAAAUGACAGCUAUCAAUGCAGGAUAUUGAUUUUAAUCCGCGGUACCUUUAUAGGUAAAUGCCAGUACGAGUCGUUGAAACUACAGUCGAAUUCUAUCAACUCGGACGUUAGUUUACGGAAGAGCGGAAAUUUUGAUUUAUCGAAUUCCACUUCUCUUUUUAAAAGUAAACUACACGCAUGCGCUGUUACAUCACAUGUAUGAUACAUAUAUAAAUAUACAUAUGUAUAGCAUCGGGUGGGAGACAGCGUAGCUCGUAGUGGGGGUCAAGAUUGAGGGGAAGUUUCGAGUUAAUGGACUUCGACUGUAUUCUAAAAAAAAUUAUUUUAUUGUUAAGUAAUCGAUUAACUGAGAAAACUUUUGGAAAUUCAAAAUUCCAAAAAAUACUAAUAAAAGUGGCCUUAUUUAGUCAUUAUCAUUUGUAAAUUUAUAUUUUAUUAGUUUAAACAAAUUUUGUACUUUAUAUAUUUUCUACAUGAGUAUUAAAUAAAAUAAUUAUAAAUAUACUGCUCAACUCAGUGGCUUUCAUCACCUAUUUUUUCAUCUUUGUAAGCAUUGAGAUUCUCCCGUAGUAAUAAUCUCAUAGUCCUUCAGUUACUAAAUGUUUACUUAACGAUAACAGAAAAAGUUAAGAGCCAUACCCGGAAUAGAAAGAACUAUUUCGUAUUACAAUCAAUUUGAGAAUUUAAUUUUUGGAUGAUUUCAUAGAAAAAUUUACAUAUUGGAUUUCUUACUCUAAUACAAAAACUUAAUUUCCAAUUGAUUUUACAAUAUCAUUUAAACAACAAUUAGUAACUGGUAAUUUUCAAGUCUACUUCUGUUAGGAAUACAAAAAUAUUGUGUACGGUUUCAUGUCACAAUUUUCAAAUGCAGUCGAAUCCAUUAACUCGGACCGUUAGUCUGCGCAGAAGCGGAAAUUUCCUGGAAAUCCCAACUUAUCGAAUGCCACCUCUCCUUGAGAGUGUAAACUACACGCAUGCGCCCUUACAUCUACAUGUGUGAUGCAUUUAAAGAUAUACUCAGGAUAGCAUAGGGUAGGAGACAGCGUAGGUCGUAGUGGGGGUCAAGAUUGAGGGGAAGUUCCGAGUUAAAGGAGAAGGGGCAUUCGAUAAGUUAGAAUUUCCAGGAAAUUUCCACUCCUCCGUAGACUAACUGUCCGAGUUAAUGGAAUUCGACUGUAAUUAUAAAAUGGAAUUGAUUUUGCAUAAAGACACGUCCCUCAUUUUGCUAACGUAUUGAAAGAUGCACCUCAGAACUCAAUAAAUAAGAUAAUGUCAAUAAUUCUCAAUUUUUUUAUUUAUAAUAUUAAGAUUUUCAAUAUAAUUACAUGUACAUCAUCAUAUUUCAAUAAGUUCUAGAAAGUUUCUAAAUAUAUUCAUUAAUAUAGUAAUGAGUAUAUUUAGCAUUCAUAUCACAUUAAAUAUUAUGAAACUUAUCAAUUAUUUAUCUAAAUUAUUAUUUUUUCUCUAUUUUGAAAAAAAAAAUGCUUUUUUUGUUUGCGGGAAAAUAUUAACAAAAAUAUAAAAAAAAGUAAACCUUGUGUGACGUAAACUUUUUAUUUUGAUCAAUGAUUUAUACUAGAAAUUUUCAAUUUUUUCGGGUGACGGAUAGUUCUGCCCGAUUCACUGUCUGACGACUCUGAUUCAGAGUCGUUGUAAUUCCCAAUAUUAACAGAUUCCACAUUUGAU